AUGACAUCAUCGAAGUCCUUUAGCAACGUGCCAGCCGGUGCAAGCCAGCAGCCAACACCUUUUGAGCUGCAUAUCAACGAGCAGAAGCUCCAAGACUUCAAGACAUUGCUCAAGCUGAGCCCAAUUGCGAAAGAGACAUACGAGAACCUGCGAGAAGAUGGAGAGUUUGGAGUCACCCGCAAAUGGAUGCUAGAUGCGAAGCAAUACUGGCAAGAAAGUUUCGAUUGGCGGAAGGAAGAGGAUCGCAUCAAUUCCCUGCCCAACUUCAGAACCCAGAUCAAGGACGAUGAUGGGAAUAGCUACGAUAUCCACUUCGCAGCCCUCUUUUCCUCAAAGCCGGACGCAAUCCCUAUCGCUUUUCUCCACGGAUGGCCAGGGUCUUUUCUUGAGUUUGUACCGCUGCUAGAGCUUCUGCAGAAGAAGUACACGCCGGAUGACUUACCAUACCACAUCAUCGUGCCCUCGCUUCCUGGCUAUGCUCUUUCCUCAGAUCCACCACAUGACAAAGACUGGACUACCAUCGACAUCGGCCGCACGAUCCACAAGCUGAUGCUUUCCCUCGGAUUCGGUUCAAGCGGGUACCUUGUUCAGGGCGGCGACAUUGGAAGUCUGGUCUCUCGUGUGAUUGCAGCAAGAUACGAUGAGUGCAAGGGCAUGCACCUCAACUUUAUGCUCAACAAUGGGAUCCAAGACAAGGCCAGCGAGGAUGAUAAGCUUACUGAGCAGGAAGAAAAGGGUUUGAAGCGCAUGGAGAAGUUCUUUGUUAAAGGCAGAGCGUAUGCGCACGAGCAUGGAACGAAGCCUGCUACUAUUGGGUUCGCAAUGGCAAGCUCGCCUGUUGCUCAGCUUGCUUGGAUUGGAGAGAAGUUUCUUGCCUGGUCCGACCCAAACACAACGCCCUCUCUCAAUACCAUCCUUACUGACAUCACACUGUACUGGCUCACCGACUGCUUCCCCACAUCCAUCUACACAUACCGACAAGACAAGAAGAUGGACCAAGUAAACAAGCCUACCGGAUACUCGUACUUCCCGUAUGAGCUGUGUCCUAUUCCGCAGGCCUGGGCUGCUAAGACGUGUGAUCUGGUGUUUUUCAAGAGCCAUGAUAAGGGUGGGCAUUUUGCGGCGUUGGAGAGGCCGGAGACGCUGUGGGCGGAUGUUGAGGGGUAUGUGAAGAUUGCUUGGGAGUGA